UUAAACACCCAGCCCAAUAGUCAAACCCUAGCCCUCCCUUGUCAUUCAUUUGAACGGCCACGGUAGCCUAGCCACCUCUCUCUCACUCGCAAGUUCGCAACUCUCCUCUCAUACUGGCUCUCUUACGAACGGUUUGUGAUAUCUCAGGGUUUUGCAGGCGACCACUGGAGCUCCAAAAGAGUUUCUCAAAACCCUAGCUCUCUGUCUUCUAGCUUCGAAAACAUGAGCAUACCAGUUAACCCAAAACCUUUCUUGAACAAUUUGACUGGAAAGACGGUUUUUGUAAAGCUUAAAUGGGGUAUGGAGUACAAAGGUUUUCUCGUCUCUGUGGAUUCUUACAUGAAUUUGCAGUUGGCCAAUACUGAAGAAUAUAUUGAUGGACAGUUCACAGGAAAUCUUGGUGAAAUUUUGAUCCGAUGUAACAAUGUUCUUUAUCUUCGUGGAGUACCGGAGGAUGAAGAAAUUGAAGAUGCGGAACGGGAAUGAAUGGCAGCUCAACUAUGUGGUUUACAUACAAGGGAUGGGAACAAAAGAAGAGACUGAGAGGUUUUGUAUGUCAACACUGGUAUUAAGACUAAGAGGAUGUUCCAUAAAUUUGUAUAUUCAAUUACAUUUGUGCUCUACAUUUGUUUUAACCUAAAGAGUUCUUGAGGUGGAUUUUGCUGUUUAAUGUAGAUGAGUUAAUUAAAGGUUCUAUUUCUUGA